CCCCUGCCCAGUUUCCCUGGCCAUACCCCUUACCAUACCCAAUGUCCUCGCCCUACCCAAAUUAUCCCUACCCCUUUUUCCAAGCCACUCCCCAGACACCGGUCAUGCCCAGUCCGGCCCAGUCUGCCCCGGAUGUGCCCACAUCCAAUAUGGCCGCCACCUCUUCCCUUAACCCUAACGCAGCCCCUUUCCAUGCCUCCAAUAUGGCGGCCCCCAGUCAUUCAGCACCCCUGAUGCCGGUACUUCCCGGUGACUACUCACCACAGGCUCAUAACCUACCCGCCACCCCAGCAUCUGGGAAUCCCUCAUUUCCCCCGGUUCUGACACCUCAGGUUAUCCAAUCACGUAGAAGGGCCCAAACCACAGAUGAGGAUGAGAAUGAUGAGGGUUCCCAGGGCUCACUAGAGGUUGUAGAGUCACAGCCCCACCGUUCCAUAGAUGAUCCUUUCGGGCAUGCGGGUCGGGGAAAUAGGGGGGACCAGGCCCCUCCUAAAUAUGUUGCUUUCAAUCCAACGCAAGCUAGUGCUUUAAUAAAAUCGCUCCCUGACCCAGAAAAGCAACCUAUGCCUUUUUACCGAGGGAUAGUUCAGAUUCAAAAGACUUAUUCCGCAGCAUGGCGUGAUUUACUAAGCAUUUGUGCAAUCAAGGCCGGGGAUGCAUAUUGGCCCAGCAUGUCCCGACACCUCAAUGCUGAUUUACUGACAAGUGACACUGAUUACCCCUCCGGAGUAACUUUUUGCAGUCAGGUAAAGGAGUGGGCAAAGGACAAACUUGCAGAUCAGGCUGCCGGCAUUACUGAUGUUAUACAAGAGAAAGGAGAAUCAGUGGAAAGAUUUCAUGCAAGACUGUUUCAAAUGUUUACAGAUUUGGGCUUUGAUCGUACCGACAAGAUUCAUUCACAAAUGCUGUCAGGUGCAUUUGUCCAAGGUGUAAAGGAUUAUAUUCGUAAGGGAAUCAUUGCUGCACGCCCUGAAUAUAAGGUAGUCUCUCUGGAUACCCUACUUUUAGUUGCCAGGGGUCUAGAGUCUGCACAGGCUCCCAAAAAACAGACUUCGGUUUCUUCCUCAGCCCCUCUCAUGGUGUCCCGCUUCACCCCUGUCCCAAGAGGUACCAAACCUGAGGAUGGUUUCUGUUUCAAUUGCAAGGCUAAAGGUCACUUCAAAAAUGAGUGCCCGGAACCCAGAAAGGCGCCCAAGCCUGCACCUGCCCAUAAGGCCACAGAAACGGUUCCAAUUGUUAAGGAACCAGAUGAUUAGGAAGUUG